ACAGCUAGUGUUGUUAUGUUUAUGUGACCUCCAGGUUUCUGCGCUUCGGCUGAUUUGUUUAUGAACUCAUCUCUAAAAAUAGAACAAAUUUCGGAAUAUGGAUUGACGAUGAGUUAAAGCUAGUGAAAAUAAUUUGGUGUAAAUUGAAACAUUGAUUGUUUCAUAACUCACAGAUGUGUUCUGCACAAGUAGUUUGGAGAUAAAGAAGAAACGGCUAUCUUGAGUGAAAACUCACUCGGAACAACAGAAAUGAGCACCCGUCCCAGUCCAGCUCCGAUCAAACGUUCCAUCGAUGGAUUGUUUAAUGCAUGGCUAUUAUUGCGAAGCCAAGGACACGAAAAACCACUGCGGAAUGCACUGUAUAACGUAAUGAUGGUUGCCGUAGUGGGUGUGGUAGUCGGUGUUACUUUAGUACUAGCUCCGUUUUUCAAACCACUUCUUUGGGCUUUUUUGUUUGGAGCAGUUUUGUUCCCGGCCAAAAAACGACUCGCCGAAGCACUUAAUCAGUGGAUCGAGCGAAUUGAGAAAGAUGAACGGUACCUAUUGGUAGGUAUUCUGGGUGCUCCGAUACAAGGAAUCAAUUCGCUGGGCGAAUUCCUAACCGGAUGGUUGAUGAGCCAUUUCAAAAUAAUUGGCAUCGGAUGUGGAAGUCUCAUUUCGCUGCGGGUUGUCCUUUGGCUAGCACCAACAGAAGUAUUUAUUACGAUUUGGAAUUUUAUCGUUUGGAAUCAUUCGCUUUUUCGAACAGUACUUAGCUCGCUGACUCUACACAUGCUCGCCAUAAUUAUACUUCUCUACGUCGCAAGUGUCUAUAUGCUAUGGAAACCAGAAGUAUCAACACCGUUUCUCAUCGCUGGUCAAAUGCUUUGGGUUUUAAUAGUUGGGUAUGGUUGCAGUUUUCUGGGAGCCUUGCAAGUUCCGGUAUUUCUUGGAUUACUGACCUACGGAACUAUUGGACUGAUAUACAAUCUACGACGGGACGACAGAAACGUACGUUUUAUUGACAAAUGGCACUGUCUGUUGGAUGUAACAAGUUACCGGUUGGAUGACAGCAAAAUCGACCCAGUGAUUUCCCAACCAACAACGGACGAUACGAUAGAUUCUUCGCGUAUAGAGGAUAUCAAAUCUAAACUUCAACUAGAUGUAACAACUACUCCUCGUUUGUCAAGCACGAUGAAUGAAUCGAAAUGUAGCGAAAGUGCUACAUUGAAUAAACCACAGGAAUCUCUUGAGAGUGAUUUAUAUUUUCGAAUACUGUUUUACACCUGCGUUGGAACGCUCAUAUGGAUGCAUACGUGGAUUUUGUUUUUAGCUAUCAUACCGAUUAGUUUACAUUUAAUCAACAAAAUUGCGGACAUUCUAGGCAUAAUCCAAUAUUUCUCGCAAAUGUCACAGCAAUACUGGGAGUCGCUAAAGCUGUGGCUUUUUCCGCGACAUUCUGCCUUGCUACCACUUUGUUUGCCGGGAAUUCUACGGAUAAACACUAACAUUCACUGGUAUGUGUGUGCCAAGAUAAGAUCCUACAUCGAUGACAUCAGCUCAAUUGUCAUGAUAGGAUUCCUCAGUGUGCUGGUAAUGUUGAUUAGUAUAUUCGCGUUUACGCAAAUCUACUCGGAAACCAUAGCGGUAGCCCAGCUCGGCAGCAAUCUGGUCAAUCGUACCUUAACACAUCGGCCGGAUUUGAUUGAGAUGUUACCGAUUGAUAUGCAAUCAAUGGACAACAUUAUUGACAACGCAUACAAAUACGGACGCUCACACAUCGAACAGUACGUUGAUGACAUAUUCAAUGACACAGAUCCCAUCCAGGCCAAAAAACUUAAGUUUCAAAUACUGAGCGUUUGGGACCGGUUGAUUCAAAGUUGGAUGGACCGCAAUAAUGGUGAUAAUUUGGUGGGACCGCGUGUCAACAGCCAAUCUAUUCGGGUAACGAUCGACGAAAUUUUUAUCAACCCAAUUACCAAAGCGGGUAUAAUGGGGUUUGUUAAAAGUAACAUCGGGAUGCUACUGGAGGUGUCCGAUUCGCUCUGGAUGUUGUUGAGAACCAAUGUGACACUGUUAGUAUCUGCAAUUGGUACCCUGGUUUCGGUGAUUUUAGGCGGGGGUCAUGCCGUACUAAAGUUCCUAUUUCAUACCAUCAUAUUUUUUACGACACUAUUUUAUCUACUGCAAAGCAGUCAAACGCGAUACGCACCAACAGCCAUAACAAUCAACAACUCGUGGGGCCCUCGAAUCAUUCAAGCGCUAGAGGAUUCCAUUUCCAGUGUAGUUGUUGCCACACUAAAAUUAGCGCUUUUCCAUGGAUUGUUCACGUGGCUUACGCAUACGAUCUUUGGCGCUCAUAUCGUCUACUUACCGGCGGUGUUGGCAUCGAUUCUGGCAGCCGCCCCAUUUUUAGAAACUUACUGGUGUAGUGUGCCUGCAUUUCUCGACCUUUGGCUCUCUCAGGAUCGCUUCUGGCUCGGAAUAUUGCUGGUUUUAAUUCACUUUAUUGUGCCGUCAAAUUUCAAUCCAAUCAUACAUUCGGAAAUUAAGGGCGGGGGACAUCCUUACCUAACUGGUUUAUCAAUCGCAGGAGGAAUGUAUCUGUUUGGCCUGGAAGGUGCUCUAUUAGGACCACUUUUGCUGUGCUUGCUCGUCGUACUGUUCGAAGUUACCAUGAGCGCUAUCCGGGAUUCGCCGGCGACCCCCCAAACCAGAAAGUCCAGCUUAGACACAAACAAUGAGCUUUAUUCACCUGCAACGACUUUAUCUAAAGAGUGGCAAGCCUUUGUUCGAGGGGAACAACAACUAUCGCUUCGGUACCUUUCCGGAGAUGGUGGAUACUUCCGCUACCGGAGCAACUGCCCUGGUAAAUUACGCGAUGAUGACUCAACAAACGGCAGCACCAUCAGUAGCAACACGUCAUCCGUAGACGAUUCACAGGAUUCAUAACCGUUAGAAUGGGCAGAUUUUUGCUUAAACUCUAGAAACUCGAAGGACUAUAGUAGUGCGAUCGGAAAUACAAAAAUGUUAUUAAUUGCUUUUGUUUUUAAUAGCACACCGCUCGAAAAAAUGCGUAUUAUUAAACUGGCUGUGUAGUGUUGGUUAUACUUAACGAAAAAAAACACCUUUUCUUUAUACUUAGUGUAUAUAUUGGACCAAAUAUAUUUUUGAAUAUUGUUAUCUUUUUAAUAUUUUGAAAUAAAUUGUGUAAUUGGUUAA